AUGCUCCACUCAAAGUACCUUGCUUCCAUUGUCCUCUUCCUCGCAGUAGGUUUGGCAGCACCAACCGAGGCCAGGCGCGAUGUUAACACCUGGGCAGCUGAAGAUAAUGCCAAACGCGACGUUAACACCUGGGGAGCUGAAGACACGGCCAAGCUCGACAGCAGCCAGACCAAUACUUGGGCUGCUGACGAUACGGCCAGGCGCGAUGUUAACACCUGGGCCUCUGAAGAUACUGCUAUACGUGAUGUCAACACCUGGGGUGCUGAGAUACUGCCGAAUAAAAAGGGAUUGGUAUCAAGUUAG